AUGGAAACAAUAAGCAGCAUGGCACACACCGCAGCAAAAGCUGUAUGGGGCGAUGGCACAGAACAUGACGAGCCCGCCUCUGGUGUACAGGGCGAUGUGUCAAAGGGCGAACCAUAUGACGGCGGUAACAUCGACCCCCAGGACCAAGAGCGGAGAGAUUCCAAAUUCACUUCGGACGUGGAAACGCCACUAAAGGAGACUGAGACAUCCAAGAAACACACCGAAACUGUUGAAUCGAGUACCGGUGCUGCUGCGGAUGGCGCCACCGACGAGCCCAACAGCACUUCAACCGAAGGAGACGACAAGCCUAGCUCCCUGGGAGAAGCUCCGAAGCCCCUGGCAGCCAUCGCCAAAGAGCACGGUGGAGACGCCGGCAACAUCCAAACUGAAUCCGAGUCUUCAUCCGCCAAGAGCAAAGAUACCAACACUAGUGAGGCUAAAGAAGAGGACCACGAAAGCAAAGGAACCGGUGAACAAUAUGUCAAGACCACGGGGCUUGCCGCAGACGGAGGAGACUUUGACGCAACAAAGCCAGGGGCUGGAAGAGAAGCCGAUCGCCUAAUGGAGGCAAAGGGAGUCGACCGCGAAGGCGGCGCUGAGCAACCGAAGCCCGACUCAUCCUCUUCCGGAAGCGGAGGUAAAGAUGGAAAGCCGAGUCUCAAAGAGCGGAUCAAGGACAAGUUGCAUAUUCACAAGUCUUGA